CACAGACUUUACGUGAAGACCAUGAACGCAGCAUGAGGAUCAACCUGGAGAGUUAAAACUCAACGGAACACAAACACCGAAUACAACAACUUCUCACAAUAAUGGGAGUUUUACGGUUACGCCACGGAGCACGGAGGCGUAUUUUCUGACCGUGUGCGUGUCGGUUGUCAACUUUUAGUCGGGGAAUCGGUCGACGUGUUGCUCGCGCUCUAGUUUCAACAAGAGUUCUGCUUUCAGGCGGAUGGAAGUGAGUGAGACAGGUCACUUUUAGAGACAGACGGGUCGGUGUUUUAACCUGCCGUGGAGGACGUUUAACGGGUCCCCGGUUCGAUGUCCACGUUAAACUGCGCGGAGGAGCUGGACUUCAGACUCAUCUUUGAGGAGGACGGAAGACAGACAGCAGGUCCAGAUCUCAAUGUGAGGACACCUCACACCUCCACUCAGGCUCUGACCAGACAGCCCGUCCUCCAGGAGCUGCACAGUCACCCUCCAUGUCUCCCCUCCUCAGACAACUACCAGCAUGUCGGAUACCAGCCACAGGGGGCCCAAUAUGGGGCCCAGGGAAACCCCAGAGCCUUUGACUGCCCCAGUAUACAGAUAACCUCCAUAGCUCCGAACAACCAUGUGGAGCUGGGUAGUAGCCAGGAAGGUUUGGCGGUGGGUGGAGCAGAGGGGGGUUACUCUGAGGCUUCCUGGUCCAGGGGCCAGCUCUACCUGCCCCUUGACUCCUGCUACAGAGACCAGGCGCUGUGCCCAAGCCCCUGCAGCAGCCUGUCCUCGAGGAGCUGGAUGUCCGACCUCUCCUCCUGUGAGUCCUUCUCCCAUGUUUACGACGACGUGGAAGGGGAGCUGAGGGACGCCGCCCGCCUCGCUCUGGGAUCUCCCAUCGGGUCACCCAUGGGGUCCCCGGGCUGUGGGGGCGGGGCCUUCGGGGUGGAACUGUGGCAACAGAAGUACCAGCAUCCUCUAGCGUUCAGUCCACAGCUGUCGCCUCAUCAGUCACCCCGUCAGUCACCCUGUCACUCCCCCCGUACCAGUGUCACAGAGGAGAGCUGGCUGAGCCGCCGCCCCACCUCCAGACCAACCUCCAGACCGACCUCCCCGUGUGGGAAGAGACGUCACUCCAGUGCCGACCCCCACGCCCGCUCUCCCUCCCCACAUCACUCCCCAAGCCCCACGCCAGGUGCCUCGCCACGAGGUAGCAUCACUGGUGAUGACAGCUGGGUAGGUAGCCCAGCUGGCACCCUUGGUUCCCUCCUGAUGUCUGGGUACCAAGAGCUAGAUGUCCCCUCCAAGACCAGGAAGACGUCUGGAAGCCAGCUGGGCCUCCUCAACAGUCAGGGUGACAUGGGGCUGGAGUCCUUCCUGGAUUCCCCCGGGGAGGAGGGACGUGAACAGGACAGCCUGGCUGAGCUCUUCCUUCAGGUGCCGUCCCACUUCAGCUGGAACAAACCCAAACCUGGAAACCCUCCUCUGUUCAGGACCUCUUCGCCCCCUCCUCUGGACUGGCCUCUGCCCAGCCAGUUUGACCAGUGUGAGCUGAAGCUGGAGGUCCAGCCUCGGUCCUACCACAGAGCACAUUACGAGACGGAGGGCAGCAGAGGCUCCAUUAAAGCCGCGACUACAGGACAUCCAGUUGUUAAGCUGACAGGAUAUAGCGAGCAGCCAAUCAGCCUGCUGUUGUUCAUCGGCACCGCGGACGACCGUUACCUACGGCCUCACUCCUUCUACCAGGUCCACCGAGUGACAGGGAAGAUGGUCACCACCAGCUGCCAGGAGAAGAUUAUGGGCGGCACCAAAGUCCUGGAGAUCCCCCUGCUUCCAGAAAACAACAUGUCAGCCAGCAUCGACUGCGCCGGCAUCUUGAAGCUGCGUAACGCCGACAUCGAGCUGAAGAAAGGAGAGACAGACAUUGGACGUAAGAACACAAGGGUGCGAGUUGUGUUCAGGGUCGCCAUCCCUCAGCUGGACGGACGGAUGCUGUGGCUGCAGACAACGUCUGUCCCCGUAGAGUGCUCCCAGCGCUCGGGCCAGGAGCUUCCUCAGGUGGAGAGCUUCAGUCCCACCUGCUGCUCUGUGGACGGAGGAGAGGAGCUGCUCAUCAUUGGUUCCAACAUUUCCUCAACGUCCAGGUUCAUUUUCACCGAGAAGGCACCCGAUGGAAGAUCGCUGUGGGAAAUGGAUGCCAGAGUUAUGCCAGAAAAGAGCAGAGGAUCUAGCAUCGUGGUGGAGGUCCCUCCUUACAAUAAGAAGACAAAGGACCCAGUCCAGGUCCAGUUCUACGUCUCUAAUGGGAAGAGAAGAAGAAGUCUGACACAGAACUUCACCUUCCUGCCCGCAGUCAGAGGUCACCUUCCUGCCGCUGCUGCUGCAGCAGUCAAACAGGAGAGAUGGGAAACAGACUGCAUCUCCCACAAUCCCCCUGGCUUCUGUCCCUCCUCCUGCCAGAUGCCCCCCUGUGAUCGUGUCCCAGAACUGGUUUAUUAUGAUUCUCGCGACCUCCCGGUGCAUUGUGGUCCAUCUUCACAGAAUCAUCCCGCUGCCUCCUUAAUGUUCCCUCACCCCUCCUCCUCUGCACCCUCUCAGACCUCCUCAGUCCUCCAUCAGACCUUUAUUCCUCCUCAGACCUUCAGGGCCCCCACUCAGACCUCUUCCCUGCCUCCUAAAACCUCCUCAAUCCGUCCUCAAGUGUCAACUAUACCUCCCCAGACCUUCAGCAUUCCCCCGCAGACCUCUUCCUUUUCUCCUAAAACCUCCUCAAUCCUUCCUCAAGUUUCAGCUUUACCUCCUCAGACCUUCAGCGUCCCCUCUCAGACCUCGUCUGUCCCUCCUCAAAUCCCCACAAUGCCUCCUCAGGCCUCUUCGUUGCCCCUUCAGACCUUCACCAUCCCUCCACUGAGGGAGCAAUCUUCCUCUCCGAGCUCCAGAAGAGUCUACGUGGCCCCUGCAGGUUCCCAGAAGGACACUCUGCUCCCCAUCCCAGGAGAACCUCCAGGAAUCAAGCAGGAACCAGAAGACCAGCCAAAUCUGGGCUCCUUGGGCCUCCAGGAGAUCACACUGGAUGAUGUGAACGAGAUAAUCGACAGAGACAUCGGCAGUCUGACCAGCGGUGUGCAGCCCGACCAGUUUGACCAGUACGACUGGGAGCACAAGUCCAGCGACGCGGCCUUACCGUUCUGUGGAGGUCCUCAGUGAUCCCACUGCUCCCCACAGGAAGUGACCGUGACUCUUCUUCUGCCGUUUGAUGUCUGGACUAACACAAACCAGCAGUCACGUUUGCACAAAGUGCAUCAAACGGAUCCUUAAGUGCCUGAGAACCAAUCAGCAGCCUCCGACGAGUGAAGACAGCUCGUCUCAUCAGGGUUUCAUAAGACUGUUUCCUCACCUGUCUCAGGAAUGUUUUCAAAGACUGAACCAAAGAAUUCUAAACGUCUCAUGGCUGAAGUUGGAGGAACUGAAAAACAAAUCAAAAGACUUUAAAGGUCACAUAUUCUCCUCCUCUUCAACCAGUGUAAAUAAGUCUCAGAGCU